AUUUUAUUGGAUGCAGUAUCAAGGUUAAAAAAAUUUAUAAAAGCUUUUUUUCGGCUCGACUUCUUCCACUUUAUCUACAAUGGCUGUUCGCGCUCAAUUCGAAAAUAGCAACGAGAUUGGUGUAUUCUCUCGUUUGACCAACUCUUACUGUCUUGUGGCAUUGGGAGGUUCCGAGAACUUUUACAGUGUUUUCGAGGGUGAAUUAGGUGAUGUUAUUCCUGUUAUCCACACAUCCAUUGCAGGAACUCGCAUUGUUGGCCGUUUGACUGCCGGUAACAAGCAUGGUUUGCUUGUGCCCAGCACCACUACCGAUCAAGAACUUCAACAUUUGCGCAACUCCCUACCUGACCAAAUUGCCGUUCAACGUGUCGAAGAACGCUUGUCAGCAUUAGGCAACGUCAUUGCUUGCAAUGAUUACGUUGCUCUCGUUCAUCCUGAUAUUGACAGAGAAACAGAAGAAAUUAUUGCAGAUACACUUAAAGUCGAAGUGUUCAGACAAACUAUCGCCGAUAACGUUUUGGUUGGAUCAUACUGUGCAUUGAGCAACCAAGGUGGUUUAGUACAUCCCCGUACGUCGAUCCAAGACCAGGACGAAUUAUCUUCAUUGCUUCAAAUCCCCCUUGUUGCUGGUACUGUGAACCGCGGUUCUGAUGUCAUUGGUGCCGGUUGUGUCGUGAACGAUUGGUCGGCAUUCGCUGGUAUGGACACCACUUCAACGGAACUCAGCGUUAUGGAAAGUAUCUUCAAGUUGCAGGAUGCUCAGCCCACCGCCAUCGUGAACGAAUUAAGAGAUACCUUGGUGGAUACAUACUCAUAAACAAUGAACAUCUCGCGCAAUUUCUUUUAUUUUUACUUUUUAUCUCAUCAAUACAUCGUUAAAAGUCAUUCCGCUUUUACAACUCACUGUAAAAUAAACCUUUCGAUUCCAGUUUGAACAUAAA